GAAGCCCCGGUUCUUGUUAGUCUGCAUGUAACACUGACUCACUCGCUGUCAAUAUGGCAAGUCUGUUCACCGCGUUGGCCCUGCUGGCUGUGUUGUCCGCUGGUUUUUGUGAGGAGAAAAAGUUCUUGCAGCGUGCCGGCACUGCCUUUAACAGCAGAGAGUACAGAUCUCUGCUCACCGUGAGUAAUGGAGAGCAGUUUGGGAACUGGACCUGGCCCGAGAUGUGUCCGAAAGACUUCUUCGCUGUUGGCUUCAGUUUGAGGGUGGAGUCAAACCAGUACGGGGCUGACGACACCGCCCUGAACGGGAUCCGUCUCAUCUGUGCCAAGGACGACAGCAGGAGCUUCCUGUACUCGGUUGAAUCCCACACUGGAUAUUUUGGUGAAUGGUCCAGUCCCCAGUACUGCCCCAGCGGCGUGCUCACCUCCUUCCAGCUCAGGGUGGAGUCUCAUCGCGGCCUGUUCGGUGACGACACGGCCGCCAACAACAUCAGGUUCCGCUGCAGCAGCAACCCGUUGCUGGAGGGGCCCGGCAUGCAGUGGGGGGAAUACGGCUACUGGAGCGAGACGUGCAACGACGGAGGAAUCUGUGGCAUCGAGACCAAGAUGGAGGACUACCAGCUGGGCCUGGACGACUCCACACUCAACGAUGUGCGCUUCCACUGCUGUGACAAGUAUCAGCAGUGAUCAGCAGGUGAACCUGAGCAGACCUAACCAGUUUGAUCGAGCCAGUCCCCGUCACCCUGAGCUCAAAGAUGCAAAAUAAUAAUAAUAAAAAACUCAUUUGAA